UUGGAGAACACAUUCAAAUCAGUUAUUGCACAAACUGGACCUGGAGGGACUAUCAGUCCAGAACUAAAACAUAAGAUAAAAUUCGUUGUAUCUAAGUUUCCAGAGGGUUUGUUUGUUUCUAAACUCCUUAGAGAGUUUGAGGUAAUUUUUAAAGAGCAACUUUCACCAAAAAAAUUGGGCUUUUUAAAUGUGACAGAACUUGUUGGAGCUCUUGGUGACAUUCUCCAUGUUGAGUUCAGGGAAGGAGAACAAGACUUACUAGUGUUUGAUGCUGAUAUGAAGCUUCUACCACCUGUUCAAUCAGAUAAGAAAAUAGAAGCCAAAGCUUGUGUCUCCAGUCCCCCUAGAAAUUCACUGUCUGCUACUGCUAUCAAGGAGACUGCAUGGGAUCGCCCUUUGAAAAACCAUAAAGAGCCAGAACAGAAGAUUUGCAAGAAGCCUAAUAUGGUAGUAAAGCCUUUACAGCUGCAAGUAGAAAUAAGCAAAUCACAGCUCACCCUGGCAAUGGCCAAUUGUGAUAUCCCACCAGAUGCGGUACGAAACAAGAAAUUAUGCAGACUCCCACCAUUAGACACCAGUACUCUUGUGGGGGUCUUUGUGGAGUAUAUCGUCUCUCCUAGUCAAUUCUACAUCCGAACCUAUAGCAGGGAUUCAUCAGAGUUACUCGAAGACAUGAUGAUUGAAAUGCGGCGGUGUUAUUCUAAUCAGCUGGUUUCUGAUCGAUAUGUCAUGCCGGACUAUUUUAUCCAACCGGGACAUCUCUGUUGCGUAAGGAUUUCUGAGGAUAAGUGGUGGUAUCGGGUCAUUAUUCAUCGAGUCUUUGGGAAACAGGAAGUUGAAGUUUUUUACCCAGACUUUGGAAAUAUUGGAACUGUUCAGAAGUCUUCCCUGAGGUUCCUCAAGUGCUGCUACACAAAGCUUUCAGCUCAAGCUAUCCCUUGUUCUUUGGCUUGGGUGAGACCAGUAGAGGAACGCUGGACAUCCAGAGCUAUUUUGCAGUUCCAGAAGCUGUGUGGUUUGAAGCCAUUAGUGGGGGUAGUGGAUGAAUAUGUAGAUGGAAUCCUUAACAUUUUUCUGUGUGAUACAUCCUCAAAUGAAGAUAUCUAUUUUCAUCAUGUCUUGAGAACAGAGGGCCAUGCUAUUGUAUGCCGAGAAAAUGUCCCUUCUAAGGGUUUCAGAGAACUCAACCCUUUAGCUUUAUACACUGAAUCCACUGGAGGGCCAGAGGACGUUAUCUUGACAGAACCGAGUUAUCCUUCCCAGCAACACUAUUUUAAUGAAGACCAAAAGAUAUGUCCACAGUCAAAAGAGAGUGAGUCACAUACCCUGCAAGAUAUUAAUGAUGAAAAGUUUUUAAGUCACCUUAAAUCUGAGUCAAAGGAAUCACUAAAGGAUUCUGAAUUCAGUUACUUGAAAACCCAUGAUAAAAGCUGUGAAGAAGGUCCAAAGUGUUCCCUCUCAGAGCCAAAGGACCUGAAGGAAGAAAAUGAGGAUGAGAUCCCCCCUGGAAUGCCAUGCCUGGAGUCAGUGACCAUAGGUGAUGAUAUUUGGGAUGAAAACUGGUUACCUCUGCAGGCAAAGAUGGGAAAAGAAAGUGAUGCUGCUUCUCAUCGAUUUACCUCAAGUCUUGGUGGAAAGAAACAAUAUCCAUCAUGUAAAGAAAUUCCAGAGAAGGAUUGUUUUUCUACACCCAAAGAUACACAGGAAGAUUCAUGGCAGCCUCCAGGCCUUGUGAAUGGAAUGAAAGUAGAUGUUCAAAAACCAGAAGAACUGGAUUCUCAGGAAGAAAGUACUGACACAACCAGGAUUCAAGAGCAGCCAAAUUUAAAGGAGUCUUCAGAUUCUUCCACGCUGCCCAAAUUGGAAGAGUUCUACAUCUCUCUUACUGAGUCACAGCAGUCAGCAGAAGGGAGCCAGUUUGAAUCUAAUGACAUUCAGACUCAGCCAGAGCAAAUUCAGCUAUCCACAGCAGUACUCAGUUCAACUGCUGCAGUGGUUGAUUCCUGCACUCUGAAAACACACUCUAGCUCUGGUUUUGCUUCAAGAACUUUGAAGCUCUAUUAUCAGGAUUAUUAUGCCCUCUUGAUGAAUCAUCCAUUUAUCAUUAUUAAAUUACACUCU